GGCGCAGGGCUAGGCAAGCGAGCGGAAGGGGCCUGCGCUCGCUCUUUCGUUUCAGUCCCCGGUCCGGGUCACCAGCGUGUCGCCGCCGCUCCCGCCGACCGCCCGGGGCCUUCUCCGCUCGGCGCCGCCGCCCCUUGCCGGACGUGCCCACCCUUCUCCUGAGGCAGCCGGGCCGCCGCCCCUGCGCCGCCAGGCACCGCCGCCAUCAUGGUGAAGAUCGCCAAGACUCCCAAGAAUCAGAUCAAACAAAAAAAAAUGGCCCCUCCACCCAAAAAGGUGGAGGAGAGCGAGGAAGAAGAGUCCUCUGAGCUAGAGGAAAGCAGCGGAGAAGAGAUGGUGCCUCAAAAGAAACAACAGAAAGUGGCAGUCACACCAGCCAAGAAGGCUACUACCCCUGCAAAGAAGGCUGUUACUCCUGCAAAAAAGGCUAUUACACCUGCCAAGAAGGCUGUGGUUACUCCAGCUAAAAAGGCUGUUGUUCCAUCACCUAAAAAAGCUGCUGUCCUGGCCAAAGGUGCAAAAAAUGGAAAGAAUGCCAAGAAGGAAGAGAGUGAGGAGGAGGAGGAGGAGGAUGAAGAUGACGAGGAAGAUGAUGACGAGGAUGAAGAUGACGAGGAAGAAGAUUCUGAUGAGGAGGAGGAACCACCAAUGCCUGUGAAACCAGUAGCCAAAAAGCCUGCAGCAGUACCAGCCAAAAAGCCUGCAGUUGUGCCAGCAAAGCAAGAAUCUGAAGAAGAGGACGAUGAUGACGAUGAGGAUGAUGACGAUGAGGAGGAAGAUGAUGAGUCUGAAGACGAAGCCAUGGACACAGCUCCUGUUCCAGUGAAGAAAGCUACUCCAGCAAAGGCUGCACCAGUGAAAGCCAAGGCAGAGUCUGAAGAUGACGAAGAUGAGGAUGACGAUGACGAAGAUGAGGAAGAUGAAGAGGAUGACGAGGAGGAAGAUGAUGAAGAGGAAAGUGAGGAUGAAAAACCUGUCAAGGAAGCACCUGGAAAGAGGAAGAAAGAAAUGGCCAAUAAAAGUGCACCAGAGGCCAAGAAAAAGAAAACAGAUGGGCCUGCUUCAGCUUUCUCCCUCUUUGUUGGAAAUCUGGUUGCCACCAAGGAGUUUGAAGAACUGAAGACUGGCAUCAAAGAAUUCUUUGGGAAGAAGAAUAUUGAAGUUUUAGAUGUCAGAAUCGGUUCUUCCAAGCGAUUCGGCUAUGUCGACUUUUCAACAGCUGAAGAUCUGGACAAAGCUCUCCAGCUGAAUGGGAAGAAGUUAAUGGGUUUGGAAAUCAAACUGGAAAAAGCAAAAAGCAAGGAAUCAAUGAAAGAAAAUAAGAAAGAGAGAGACGCUCGGACGCUGUUUGUGAAGAACCUGCCCUACCGCGUAACCGAAGAUGAGCUGAGAGAGGUGUUUGAAAACGCUCUUGAAGUCAGAAUAGUCAUGAACAAGGAAGGGAACAGCAAAGGGAUGGCCUACAUUGAGUUUAAAACAGAAGCUGAUGCAAACAAAGCUUUGGAGGAGAAGAAAGGCACAGAGAUUGAUGGUCGUACCUUGGUAAUUGACUUCACGGGUGAGAAGAGCCAUCAAGAUCAUCAGAAAGGAGGUGGAGAGAGGGAGUCGAAGACACUAAUUGUCAACAACCUCUCGUAUGCUGCUUCAGAAGAGACUCUCCAAGAACUGUUCAAGAAAGCUUCAUCCAUCAAGAUGCCACAGAACAACCAGGGCAGGCCUAAAGGGUAUGCAUUUGUAGAAUUUCCCACAACCGAGGAUGCCAAAGAGGCACUGAAUUCCUGUAACAACACAGAGAUUGAAGGCAGAGCAAUCAGGCUGGAGUUCAGUUCACCAGGAUGGCAGAAAGGGAACACGAAUGCAAGAGGAGGAUUUAACCAACAAAGCAAAACGUUAUUUGUCAGAGGCCUUUCUGAGGACACCACAGAGGAGACGCUAAGAGAGUCGUUCGAAGGCUCUAUAAGUGCAAGAAUAGUCACAGACAGAGACACGGGAUCAUCUAAAGGGUUUGGAUUUGUGGACUUCAGCUCCCCAGAAGAUGCCAAAGCAGCUAAAGAAGCCAUGGAAGAUGGAGAGAUAGAUGGAAACAAAGUGAUCCUUGAUUUUGCCAAGCCAAAGGGUGACUUUCAGCGCGGCGGUGGAUUUGGUGGUCGUGGUGGCAGAGGAGGUGGCCGAGGAGGAAGAGGUGGAUUUGGUGGCAGAGGUGGUGGCAGAGGUGGAUUUGGAGGUAGAGGAGGUGGCUUCCGAGGAGGCAGAGGAGGAGGUGGAGAUCACAAGCCCCAAGGGAAGAAGAUAAAGUUUGAGUAAACUUUCCUUUUCCUUUCCCUUCUCCUGCUCUCUGAGACUAUCUGAAAGGACUCCGGGGGUUUUUAUUCUCCUUUGAGCGUGGCGGAGCCUUUGGAGGACAUUCCAAGAUGCAAAGCAGUACUGUGAGCCACUUGGAAGAUGCAAUUUUCAUUUCAAGGAAGAGAGAGCAAGCCAUUUUGACUGCUUGCCUAUUCAAAGGAACUUUUUAAAACACAAGCGCUAGCUGUGGGAAUUUUGCCCCUUGUCUGUGAGUUGUCUUGAAUUUAUAAUGUUUUACCCAUGUACAAAAAGAUUUUUUUUUUCCUAUAAACUUCUGUAGCAUUUUUGCUGUAAAAAAAAGCAGAAUGUUUUAUCAUUUGUGCUUCAGCACCCUGUCUUGGACAGAUUAAAGGACCUAAACUGGUUCGUGUUA